AAGAGGCAAGGACAAGGACAGGCAGAGGAGAGAAGAGAAGGACAAGGACAAGGACAGGCAGAGGAGAGAAGAGAAGAACAAGGACAAGGACAGGCAGAGGAGAGAAUAGAACAGGGACAAGGAGGACAGCUUGAUGGGAGAAGAGAACAGAGACAAGGACAGGUAGAGGAGAGAAGAGAAGAACAGGGACAACAAGGACAACCAAAUGAGAAUAGGAGAGGGGCACAGGAAGAGGAGAGAGCAGCGGAAGAAGGAGAGGAGAUAGAGUUUGAAGACGAUGAUAAUGAUGAUGAAGAGGAGGAGGAAAGAGAAGCAGAAAAUGGAAGAGAACAAGAAGAGGAAUUACAACCACAACAACAAAACAGAGGAGAAGAAAGACUUGUAGGAGGAGGAGGUGUAGUAGAUAACAGAGGAGGCGUAGGAGCAGUAGGAGUCGUAGGAGCAGGACCAGGACAAAUAUUGGAGCGACAGGACCAAAUGCAGUGGAGAGAGGAGCUGAAGAGGACGCAGGUAGCCAGGUUGACAGGCAAGGACUGGUGGCAGUGUCAUCUGGCCACGGUGAAGCAACGCAUGGCCACACUGCACCACCAAAACAGACUCUUCGACGUAAUACUGAUCUUCCCUAAAUACCAAGUGGAGAUGAAGACACACAAGUUGGUACUGGCAAUGAGCAGCCCUGUCCUGGAGGCAAUGCUGUACGGGCCGAUGAGCCAAGUUGCUGACGGGCACCCCCACCACCUGACGCUGGCGGAGGACUUGCCUGAGACCUUCGAGUGGCUCCUGCGUUACGUGUACCGCGACGAGACCAAGUUUCAAGGCACCAUCCAGGCUUUAAGUGUCUACGAGGCGGCUCACAAGUACCAGAUGGAUUCCCUUGCCAGAUUGUGCUCCCAGUACCUGUCAGACUCCGUGACUCCUGACAACUUUCCCUACGUGUUUGAUCCCGCUGUGCUGUACGACGACACAGAACUACUGAACAGGUGCUACGAGGUGGCAAUGGUGCAGGGGCGGGAGGUGCUGAGUUGCCCGGACCUGUGUGUGCUGCGGCGGCCUGCCCUGCGCGCCCUGCUCACCAUCCCACGCCUCCACGUGGACAAGGAGAGCUACCUGUUCCGCGCCCUCGUACAAUGGGGUUGGUACCACCUGGACGAAGGGCCGCCGCUCCCCGCCAAGCCUUGCCCUGAUAUGCUGCCAGUGCGGCGGCGGCUAAGGGCAGUCAUCGAUGAGUUUCUGCCGUACGUUCGCUUCCUGGCGAUGAGUCUGAACGAGUUCGUGACUGAAGUGGAGGGGAGCCAGCUGCUGAGCCCUGACGAGUGCAUGGCGGUGGUGCGAGCCAUGCGGGGCACCGCGCCUGCUGCCGUGUUGCCACACUUCAUAUCGGCCAAUGACACGCGGCGCCGCAGAGGCUUGGUGACCGUGGCCGUGCUUGUCAGCCCGCCAUCCAACGAGACGCUCUCCUUCGAGUACAUGGAGGUCCUCAGCAUCAACCUGAUGCAGAACCUGACGGUGAGCGCCGCCCUUCACCUGGUGCGUCUGGCCAGCACGGGCGUGUGUAGCCUGCGGGAGGGCAGCGUGGUGGUGUGGGACGAAAGCGGGGACCACGUGGCCAGGGGUGUGUGGUCAGGGAACGGUUGUCUCUUUCGUCGCCCUGUAUCACUGGCGGUGGGGCGACGGUACUCCGCGGUGCUGACGCUGAAGGAGGCAUGGUGUGUGCUGACCACCACGGCCAUCAACGUGACCCACAAGCGAAUCGUCUUUCGAGGUCAGACGCAGUGUGGGGGAAUCCUCAGGCUGGAGUACAUGUCCGGCACCUUCUUGCCAGUGCCCUCCCUUCAGCGCCCCUUCCCGGCCGCCGUCUAUAUUAUAGAUCCCUGAUAAGUCCUUUCUGUAGCGUUCCGAGGAUUCAGGGUUAUUGGAAGUUAAGACAAAGGCAAGACGUGUCCACCGCAAAAGCUCAAGAAAACGGAGGCAGUGGUAGGAAGACAGGAAGGCUAAAAAAAUCCUGGGCGGGAAUGACGUCAAGACUUGAAAGCUGCGUGAGGAACAACUUACGAAUAUUUCUCCUCGAGGUUCUCCUUCUUCGUCAAAAAAAAAAAAAAAAAUUUAAUCGAAUAAGUUUGUUGAUUAUAAUGAAAUGUUAUUUUAGGCUUUUUAGUUUUAAAAAGACCAUCGAUCUGUUUUUAGAAAGGUUUUAAAGAUUUUUCUGUUCGAAAAGGCUCUUGCUUUGUUUCAAUUCUUUAAAGACCUUAGCACAAAUAAUGUUAUUUUAAACUGUAAAAACAACGUAGGUUUUUUAUUAGUACUUUUAAUAUGCAUCUUGACUAGGAAUACGAAAUAAGUUUUAAUUUGUCUAGUAUUAUGUAAAUUAGUCAUUCAUAUAAAGAAAUAUUGAUGU